UCGUAGUUGUCCAGGUAUUCCCUUUGUCACUUUCCAACUGGGUGGUAUUAAUUGUACGAUAUUCUGUCAGCUAUGAGUUAAAUUGUUUUUUUAGAUAGUUGUAUUUUUUUAAAGCAGAGGCGGUUAAAAGACAAACAUCGAACACGCUAAUUCACACAAAGUCGUUCUCACUGGCAAGCUCGUUUGAUAACCUCUCUCCUUAAGGACUUUAAUAAUAAAGAUUUAUGGGCAUCUUUAAUACGGUUGCCAAAUGUUCACCGUUGGUCUACUUCUGUUUGGAGAUUAUGAAGCUGCGUGGCCGACCUUUCACCCAGUUAGUCAGACAUUGCUGUGUCCCUAAAUGCCCUCCUCUUCAUCAGCUGCAGACCUCCACAGCAUUUCUAAACAUUUCAUGGCAUAGCAGCUUGAGUGAAACAAGGACGUGGUUCUGAUGUAUCAGUGUUCCCAUCCUGAAAAGCUAAAAUGGCUUCCUCGCAGAUCCGCCUGAAAAUCCUCCCCAGCGUUCGCUGCUUCUUUGAUAAACUAGUACACGUCAAAGUUGAAGGACUCGCUCCUCAUAAACCAGUUGAAUUGAGAUCCAAACUGGUGGAUGACAGAGGGGUAACUUUUAAGGCUUCAGCACUGUACAAAGCAGAUGAAACUGGCCUGGUGGAUGUUUCCCGUGCACCUUCACUGGGAGGGAGUUACACUGGAGUAGAGCCCAUGGGGUUGUUUUGGUCCCUGGCACCAGAGACUCCACACAAUAAACUCCUGAAGAAGAACGUGCUCACCCCGACACAGGUACAGAUAGAAGCACUGAGCAGGGACACAGGUGAGAUUUUAGCGUCUGAAACCAAUGAGAGAGAAUACAUGACAGAAGGGAUGAAAAGGAUACCUGUGGAAGAGGGAAAAAUACGAGGAGUGCUCUUCAUACCACCAGGAAAGGGUCCAUUUCCAGGAAUAGUAGAUUUGUACACAUAUGGUGGAGGUCUUUCUGAGCCCAGAGCGAGCAUUCUGGCAAGCAGAGGCUACGCUGUUCUUGCACUGGCCUAUUUAGGCUACAAGGAUCUACCAAAAAAAGUUGACAAGUUGGAUCUGGAGUACUUUGAAGAAGCUGUGACUAUUCUAAGAAGACAACCAGAGGUCAAAGGGCCUGGAAUUGGCAUCAUAUCGAUCUCUCACAGUGGCGGUAUUGCUUUGGCAAUGUCAUCCUUCCUCUCUGGGAUCUCUGCGACAGUCUGUAUCAAUGCCUGUAACGCCAACACAGUAAUUCCUGUACACUACAAAGGCCUUGUUAUACCUCCACUUCCUCCUGUCAUUGAAAAUGUUAAAUUCUUAGACUCUGGGGCUUUGAGUAUACGUGAUGCCACACCGGAUCCUUUGUUGGAGGAGAACAGAGCCUCUUUGUUCCCAAUCGAACGUGCCAACUGCCAGUUCCUGUUUGCCGUUUCUGAAGACGACCACAACUGGACCAGUGGGUUUUUUGCCAACCAAGCAGUGGAAACGCUGAGGAAGCACGGGAAAAAGUCUUACGAGCUGGUGACUUACCCAAAAGCUGGUCACUUUUUGGAAGUCCCACACAUGCCGUAUUGUGCGUCAACGUUUCAUGGCGCAGUAGGAAUGCCCGUGGUGUUUGGUGGGGAGCCAAAAGCCCACUCGGAGGCUCAGCUGGACCUGUGGGAGCGAGUCCAGGAGUUCUUCAAGAGCCACUUAGUCGACAAGAGCACUUGUUAGCAAGCAGUGCGGCAUCAAGCGUAUCAAGCAUCCUAGAACUGCCAUCAGCUCUGCUUGACCCUGCCUUCAGUUUCUAAUGAAUUACAUCACCUUUAAUGAUAUCUAAUGUAUUCUCAUCUUAAAUCGACACAGGAUGCCUCUAUUAACUUUCAUGUGUGCUUUGGAUUGCGGAACACUGCAGCAUUUGCAGAGAUUUAGUACCUUUUCAGUAGUAGAUUGAUUCUAUCAAUGACUCUUCUGUUCAAAUGAAAAGUAACACUAAGGCAAGGCAGUGGGCCGACGUGAACAACACCAGAACCUUGAAAGUGAUGAUCUGAAUUAAAUGCAGCCAUUAUUACUGUGAGGAAAACAAGAUAUCUUUCACAGCCUGCCAAAAUAAAAUCUCUCUGAAUGACUCAUUUAUUUUAGUUGUAGGAAUCGGUUAGAUCAGCUAAAAUUGUAUUUUUUUGUUCGAGUUUUACCAUAUUCAGUUUUCUAAUGAACUAAGUUUUCAAUUCAUCUGAUUGUUUAAAGAAAUGCAUGAAUAUAUAAUAAAGGUAGUGAAA